UUAAUGUUUGUAAUAUUAUUUUAUACACAUAAAUCAACUGUUUACCAGAUCUCCCUCAUUCUCAUGAAACACAAAGCAAACAACCCUAAAACAGAUCUACAUGCAUGAAAACACACAAGAUCAGAGUUCAUUUGACAAUGUGGAUGAUUAUUCUGUUACAGUAAAACCAUAGGCAGGUGCAUUAAUAUGAUGUUGCAUGAUGUUCAGUGUCUUUAGCAGUGUCAUGAUGUCUGUUUCCAGAUGGUGCUCCACAUAUCUCAGACAUGAGGAUUUUACUGCUGGGAAGCAGAAUGGAGGGGAAGAGUUCAUCAGGAAACACCAUCUUGGGAAAAGAGGAGUUUGAUACCUCAGGACAAACUGCUGAGUGUGUGAAGAGAGAGGGAGAAACAGCAGGGAGACACAUCACUGUAGUGGAGGCACCCGGAUGGAUUCGCACUCGUUCUGUAGAGAACACUCCUGAAUGUGAUAAACAAGAGCUUGUCCUCAGUGUGACUCUGUGUCCUCCAGGACCCCAUGCUGUACUGUUGGUCAUUCAUUCUGAUCAGUCAUUCACAGAGACACACAGAAGAGCAGCGCAGGAACACCUGGAGCUUCUGGGUGAGAGAGUCUGGAGUCACACUAUAGUGCUGUUCACCUGGGGGGACCGGCUGGGAAACACAACCAUUGAGCAGCACAUCGAGAGAGAAGGAAAAGCUCUGCAGCGGGUUGUAGAGAAAUGUGGGAACAGGUAUCAUGUUGUAGAGAAUGACAAGAGCGAUGGUGGCCAGGUGACAGAGCUGCUGGAGAAGAUAGAAGAGAUGGUGGCAGGAAACAGAGGCCAUCACUUUGACGGAAAGAUUAUGAAAGAACUGAUGAUGAGGAAGAAG